CGGUACCGGGAUCGGGAUCGGGAUCGGGAUCGGGAUCGGGAUCGGGAUCGGGAUCGCCACCCGGACCCGGACCCGGACCCUCAGAGCCGCCCGGUGCCCCGGGACCGGGGUCGGGCCGCUCCGCCCCGCCGGGUUUUGCCCGGCUCCCCGCGCCCGCCCCGCGCUGCAUGGACUGGUACAUGAUGAACUGCGAGCUGCUGGCCACCUGCAGCGCCCUGGGCUACCUGGAGGGCGACGUGUACCACCGCGAACCCGACUGCCUCGAGAGCGUGAAGGAUCUGAUCCGGUACCUCCGGCACGAGGAUGAGAGCCGCGACGUGCGGCAGCAGCUGGGAGCAGCGCAGAUCCUGCAGAACGAUCUGCUGCCGCUGCUCGUUCAGUACCCGCAGGACCGGACGCUUUUCGAUGCCGUCGUCAGGCUGAUGGUGAACCUGACGCAGCCGGCGCUGCUCUGCUUCGGCAAAGUGCCGUCGGACGCCACCGCCCGGCACCACUUCCUGCAGGUGCUGUCCUACCUGCAGGCGUACAAAGAGGCGUUCGCCAGUGAGAAGGUGUUUGGGGUGCUGAGCGAGAAGUUGUACGAAGUGCUGCAGCUGGACUGGGAGCAGAGGCAGGAGGAGGACACGCUGCUGAUCGAGCGGAUCCUGCUGCUGGUGCGCAAUGUGCUGCACGUGCCCCCCGACCCCGCUGCGGAGCAGGGUGUGGAUGGCGAUGCCAGCGUGCACGACCGCGUGCUGUGGGCUCUGCACAUCAGCGGCAUGGAUGACCUGCUCAAGUUCCUGUCCAGCGCGCCAGCUGAGCAGCAGUGGGCUCUGCACGUCCUCGAGAUCAUCUCCCUCAUGUUCCGUGACCAGAGCCCGGAGCAGCUGGCAGCGCUGGGACAGGGGCGGGCAGGCACGGAGUGCGGGGAGGACACGCGGGAGCUGCAGAGUCUGCGGCAGCGGGAGCAGGCAGAGCAGAGAGCACGGGUGCUGCAGCGUCCAUCCAGGCACUCCCGUUUCCGCGGUUCCUAUGUCAUCCAGGGGCUGAAGGCCAUCGGGGAGCACGAUGUUGUCUUCCAUAAGGGGCUGCACAACCUGCAGAGCUACAGCCACGACCUGGGCAAGGAGACGCGCCGGGUGCCGCGGCGUCGCUGGGCCCCCCCUGAGCCAGGACCCCCCCGGCGCUCCGCCCGCAACGUCCGGCUCUUCCUGAGCUGCUUCUGCCAGGACUUUCUGGAGGGCUGCUACAACCGCCUGAUGCUGCUGGUCAAGGACCAAUUGCUGCGGGAGAAGGCACAGCAGCACGAUGAGACGUACUACCUCUGGGCCACUGCCUUCUUCAUGGCCUUCAACCGUGGCCGGGGAUUCCGUGCUGAGCUGGUGUCGGAGACGGUGAGCGUGCGUGCCUUCCACUUCAUCGAGCAGCACCUCACCAACUACUAUGAGAUGGCACUGAUGGACAAGAAGGAGGCGGCCACCUGGGCGCGCAGGAUGCACCUGGCUCUGAAGGCGUACCAGGAGCUGCUGCGCACGGUGCAGGAGAUGGACCGCUCCCCAGAGCCGGCGGUGCGGGACAGCAGUCAGGUCAUCAAGAACCACAUCUUCUAUCUGAUGGAGUACCGGGAGCUGCUCCUCGCGCUCUUUCGGAAGUUCGAUGAGACGAAGCAGCCUCGUGCCUUCCUGCGGGACCUGGUGGAGACGGCGCAUCUCUUCCUGCAAAUGCUGGAGCGCUUCUGUCGCGGCCGCUCCGGCCUCGUGGUGCAGAGCAAACGUGUGAGGAGGAAGAAGAAGCCCCGUGCCCCUGCAGCACCGCAGCCGCCGGGCGCAGCGGAGCUGGAGGAGCUGUGGGCGGCAGUGGCCCAGCAACUCCAGGACUGCCUGCAGGGCACGGUGCCGCUCCCUGAGGACGUGGUGCCUUUUGAUGCUGCCUCGGAGACCCCGGUGGAGGAGCAGCGCGCGGUGGCUCUGCUGCGCAUCCAGGAGUGCCUGCGGGAGGGGAGAGCCCCCCAGGCCCUGCGGCUGCUGCGCUCUGCCAGGGAAGUGUGGCCUGAAGGGGAUGUUUUCGGCCCCCCUGGCGCGGAGCCCCCUGAGGAGACGCAGCUGCUGCGGGAGAUCUGCUUUGCUGCUCUGCCCCGUCCCACACCCUCCCCUGAGGCUGAGGAGCCGGAGGAGCCUGAGGAAGAGGAGGAGGAAGAGGAGGAAGAGGAGGAGGAGGCUGUGCGGGUGUCGGAGAAGGAGUUCAAUUUCAUGGACUACCUGAAGCGGUUUGCCUGCGUGCCCGUGGUCCGUGCCUGCGCGCUGCUGCUGCGGGGCUACGCACAGAACAGCGCCCGCACCAACCACUGUGCUGCACGGCUGCUGCACCGCCUGUCCCGGCAGCUGCGCAUGGAGGCGCUGCUCUUCCAGCUCUCCCUCUUCACCCUCUUCCAACGCCUCCUCAGCGACCCCAGCGCCCACCAGGAGCUGGUGGCCUUGGCCAAGUUUAUCCUGGGUAAGUUCUUCACGCUGGCAGCCACCAACAAGAAGGCAUUCGUGGAGCUGCUCUUCUGGAAGAACGCCACGGCUGUGCGCGAGAUGAGUGAAGGCUACAGCUCCCUGAGGGAUGGGGAGGGGGCUGGAGCAUGCCGGACCCCCGCCUGGAGCCCACAGGAGGAGCAGGCGCUGCGGGAGCUGUUCUGGAAGUAUAAGGAGGCAGAAGGUCAGGACAUCAUUGCCUCCAUCCUGGCGGAGCUGCCUGGCCGCACACGGCGACAAGUGGUGCAGCAGUUGGUGCGCAUGGGGCUGGCGGGCAGCGCCAGGGACUUCCCACGGCCAAGGAAGGGCACCAAUAUUGUGCUGUGGACAGAGGAGCAGGAGCUGGAGCUGGAGCGGCUCUUUGAGGAGUUCAGGGGAUCGGAUGACAUCCUGGGGAACAUCAUGAAGAACCUGACGGCACGGCGCUCACGGGCACGUGUGGUGGAGAAGCUGCUGGCAAUGGGGUUGGUGGCAGAGCGCAAGGAGCUGCACAAGAAGCGCCGGAGGAAGAGCUGCGGCCCCCAAAUGGGUGAGGCAGAUGCUGCAGCGGUUUCAGCCCAUAACAGCUCUGCUGAGGACAGCGAGGAGGAGGAAGAGGAGGAGGAGGAGGAAGAUGAAGCAGAGGAUGACCCCUUGGAGGAGCCCUGGGACCCCAAGGAGGGGACGGGGCUGGCCCUGGUGCAGCGCCUGCAGCAGGAAGGGCUGGAUGGGCCCCUGCGGUGGCUGCAGAACUGCCUGAGGAGGACGGCGCGGGACCGUGAGACGGAAGGGAUGUCCUUCCCAGUGCCCUUGGUGCCGCUCUCAGAGGAGAACGAAGAUGCCAUGGAGAACCGGGGCUUCCGUGCUCUGCUGCGGGAGGUGGGGCUGCGGCCCCCCGCCAACGAGCAGGAGUCCUUCUGGCGCAUCCCUGCUGCCCUCACCCCACAGCAGCUGCGCCGCGCGGCCGCCUCCAUCACCCCCCCGAGCCCUCAGGGACCCCUCCAGGAGCUGCCCCCCCAGGAGCUGCCAGCAGCACCACAGGACCCCGCUGGAGGUGAAGGUGUGGGCUGGGGCCCAGGGAGCAGGGUGAGGGGUGCAGGAACCUCCCCUGAGCCCCUCUGCCCCACAGCAGAGCCGCUGCCAUCCCCGCUGGGAUCGGACUCAGAGAGUGAGGAGCCCCUCACCGUCCCUGCACCAUCAGGCAGCAAACGGCGGCGGCAGCUCGACAGCGAGGAUGAGGAUGGUGACAUGGAGGCAGAGCUGCCCCCCCCGGAUCCCUUGUCAGAAGAGGAUGAGGACCCCCACCCCAUGGGCAGGAGAAAACGCAUCCGCCGCCUUCUGGAGGAGGAGGAGGAGGAGGAGGAAGAUUGAGCCCCCCCAGGACAGCAGUCCCUGCAACGCCCCCACUCUGCUUUCGGGGCUUUUUGUACAGGUUUAUCAGUUCUGGGGGUUCUCUGUGGGUUUUUUAGCUCUUUUUGAAGGCGCAGUGCUUUUCCUUCCCCUGUCCCCAUUUUACCUUUUUGCCGGGGUUUGGGUUUCGGCUUUGUUUGUUUGUUUUUGACACUGUUUUACAUCGGGAACGGCACCAAAUAAAUCAAUACACGAA